AUGGCGACCGAAUUCGAAACUCGAUAUACCAAUGCGAACAUUGCUCCAGAUGCUGCCCAAUACAAUACUGAGCUAUUCCUCGACCUGCACGAGAGAUUGAGUAACACCGUUUCUUGCGACAGACUGGCCGCCAGUAUCGUUAUCGCUAUUCUAUGUGCACAAGGCCGCGGCGAUGCUGUGGGCCGCUUGGUUCAAGAUGUCACGAGAGGUAAAAUCGUGGAGGAUAUACGAGCCCUCUUUCCGGCGGUUAGGGAGGCAAUUACCAUCUCCGUGCCAUUCGUGGGCCUACCCAAUGGCAUGCCAGCUUGUUUUGGACUGGUGAAUGAGUUCCAGCAGUGGGGCAUAGAAGAGCCCAUCCCAAUGGAUCACUUUCCUGGCCAAGCCCGAGCGGGUCCGUCGAUCUCUCGUCACCAUUGA